AUGAAAGUUAGAAGUGGUUGUUCCUAAUUCCCAACCCUCUUGCAAAUACUUACUUAUGUAAUGUACAUUUUAAAUGUUAUUAUUACAUACAUUCAUACUAUAAUUCUCGAAGAAUAUGUAACUUUAAUCACCUUAUUUAGAUUGUACAUUAUAUAAUAUUCUCUAUUCUGGUUUCCAUCUCAUGUUAUUUUUCUAUAAAAACUACCAUAAGUAAUCCCACUGAUAGUUAUGUGAUUCAAUAAUAAAAAUUUAGAGGGUAUAUUUAAAAUAAUGACAAAUUAGAGAAACUUUUGAUUAUGAAGAACAUCACCUCACUUAAUUUUGUGAACUUUGUAUUGCUUAUGUUAAAGAAACAACAAAACAUUGUAAAUAAUGUAAUAGGUAAUUUCAAAUUUCUAUUAGAUGUUGCGAAGACUUUGAUCAUCAUUGUAGAUGGAUCAACAAUUGUGUUGGUGGAAAAAAUUAUAAAUAAUUUAUAGGAAUGAUUUUAUUUACAUUCUUGAUCCUAUUACAUUCCAUGAUUGUUAAUGGAAGAGUUAUAAACUAAUAUAAUAAAUAAGAACUUAAAACCUUAACUGUAAAUUUUCAAUAUAUGAUAGAUAUACUCUAAAUAAUAAAAGUCUAUGUUUAUCAUAGCAGUUUUAUUUUUAGUUCUUGAAAUAGUUGGUUCAAUAUUCCUAUUAUAAUUAAUUGUAUUUCAUGCAUAUCUUUAUAAAAAAGGAAUUACUACUUAUGAAUUCAUUAUUCAAAGAAGAACUAAGUAAGUUUAGCCUUCUGAAUUUAAUAUUAUCAAUAAUUAAGAUAGCAAAAUGGAUAUUAUUAAGAAUAAUAAAGAACAGGAAGAUUAAUGUAUUAUGUUUAGAAAAGAAAAGGAAAAGCAAACGAGUUAAAUUUAUACUAAUUCAGAGUUGAUAAAAAAAGACGAAUCUCUUUGUUCAAUAAAGAAAAACAGUUAGUCUAUAUUGUAAAAGCGAAAACUUACAUAAGGAGAGAGUGAAGAUUCCCAAAAAGAAGGUGUUGUUAAUUACUUCUCUCAAAGAAUUUAAUCAAAUGUUGAUUUUAAGUUAUAAAAUCGUUAAUUAAAUACUAUUGAAAUGAAGACACCAGAAAUAACCUAAUUUUAAUGA